GUGUGACUGCACGGAUGACCACUCAAAGAACCGCAGUUACAGGCAAGCGCAAGAAGAGUAAGAAAAAUGCUAUACGCCAGAGAAGGAAAACUGAAACUGAAGAGAAGAGCGGAAACAAAUCCAUUUCUUUUGAAGGGUCAGAUGUUCAUGAAAUUCCAAUACUAGAAGAACCAAUUAAAAGGAACAUUCACAAUAGGAACACACCAAGAAAAAGCUUUCAGUAUAUAAAGACUCAGAUGAUUCACCGUACCAAAAGACAACAAUUUCACACAGAAGAGAAAAGAUUUCAGUGCUUGGAGUGCGAGAAGCAAUUCAGUUGCAACUCAGAACUUCACUUACAUAAAAGAAUUCACACAGGGGAGAAGCCCUAUCAAUGCUCAGUGUGUGAAAAGAGCUUCAGUCAGAACUUACACCUUAGGUAUCAUCAAAGCACUCACACAGGGGAGAAGCCCUAUGAAUGCCUAGAGUGCGGUAAAAGCUUUGCUCACAGAAAGCAGCUUAAGCGACAUCAAAAAAUUCACUCCAGUGAGAAGCCCUAUAAAUGCUCAGAGUGUGGAAAGAACUUCACUAUGAGCAGCAAUCUUAAGUCACAUCAAAUAAUUCACACGGGCAAGAAGCCCUAUGAAUGCUUAGAGUGCGGAAAGAGCUUUGCUCACAGCGCAGGCCUUAAGCAACAUCAGAGAAUUCACACAGGGGAGAAGCCCUAUCAAUGCUCAGAGUGUGGAAAGAGCUUUGCUUACAGCACACACCUUAAGCAACAUCACCGAAUUCACACAGGGGAGAAGCCCUAUCAAUGCUCAGAGUGUGGAAAGAGCUUCAGUCGAAACUUCAUCCUAAGGUGUCAUCAAAGCACUCACACUGGGGAGAGGCCCUAUGAAUGCUCAGAGUGCAGAAAGAGCUUUGCUCUCAGUGCAGGCCUUAAGCAACAUCAGAGAAUUCACACAGGGGAGAAGCCCUAUGAAUGCUUAGAGUGUGGAAAGAGCUUCAGUCAGAGCUGCCAACUUAGGCGACAUCAAAGAAUUCACACGGGCAGGAAGCCAUAUGGAUGCUUAGAGUGCGGAAAGAGCUUUUCUCGGAGCACAGGCCUUAAGCAACAUCAGAAAAUACACACAGGGGAGAAGCCCUAUGAAUGCUUUGAGUGUGGAAAGAGCUUUUCUCAGAGCACAAACCUUAAGCAACAUCAAAGCACUCACACAGCAGAGAAGCCCUAUCAGUGCUCAGUGUGUAGAAAAACCUUCAGUCAGAGCUUCCACCUUAAGUGUCAUCAAAGCACUCACACAGGGGAGAGGCCCUAUGAAUGCCUAGAGUGCAGUAAAAGCUUUGCUCACAGAAAGCAGCUUAAGCGCCAUCAAACAAUUCACUCCAGUGAGAAGCCGUAUCAAUGCUCAGAGUGUGGAAAGAACUUCACUAUGAGCAGCAAUCUUAAGUCACAUCAAAGAAUUCACACGGGCAAGAAGCCCUAUGAAUGCUUAGAGUGCGGAAAGAGCUUUGCUCACAGCACAACCCUUAAAAAACAUCAAAGAAUUCACACAGGUGAGAAGCCUUAUAAAUGCUCAGGGUGUGGAAAGAACUUCAGUCGGAGCUGCCACCUUAAGCGACAUCAACGAAUUCACACAGGAGAGAAGCCCUAUUAG